AUGAUUGAUAGUAUUCACCUGACGAAUGUCUCAUGUGAUGCUACGUCAAAGAUCUGUUACUCCGGGUACUCGGAUCCAGAGUCGGGGAUAUACUUUGGAAUUGCUCUUCCUAAGAACGCCGCUGACCCUUAUGAUGCAAUCAUCACCAUCACAUCCCCUGUGAAGCACUACUGGGCAGCCCUGGCUUGGGGCGGUACAAUGGUAUGGAACCCACUAUCUGUUGCGUGGAAGAAUGGGAAAUCUGCAACGAUUUCUUCGCGAUUCGCAUUUGGCAUCAGUAUGCCGUUACCUUAUGACGAGGCGCAUCAUAUCUAUCUCAAGGGAACGCAGUCUAAUGACACACAUUAUACUGUCACUGCUCUUUGCAAGGGUUGCACAGGUUGGCAAGCCAAUGACGAUACAAGAUAUGCGCUACCUGCAAAUGGUACCACUGAAUUUGCUUGGGCAUACGGUGCGGGCGCUGUGGAGAACCCUGCAAGCAAUACCUCCGCCUUCAAUGUCCACGAAGCCUACGGCAAGUGGACUCACGAUUUGAACGCCGCCCGGAUUGAUAACUUCGACGCAUUGGUCAAAGCUAAUUUGCUGGAUGCCCCGGCCGUUCCCACCGAGCCAGUCCCCUCCGCUACGGUAAAGCCUAUCAAGGCUGCGAUUCCGGCUUCCUGCUCUGGAGCUGGCAAUCCGGCAUUCCAGGGAGUGCUAGCAAGCGGAUGGAAAGCCACCAAGAUCGCCGGAGGCUUGACCAGCCCUCGAUCUAUUCAAUUCGAUACUGCUGGCAAUAUGCUCGUCGUACAGUCUGGCAAGGGCAUCUCAUAUCACGUCAUGGGCACUGAUGGGUGCAUUACCUCUACCAAGAUGUUGGUAUCCCUCAACAGUCUAAAUCAUGGGAUUGCACUCAGUGUCGAUGGAAAGACAUUGUACGCCAGCUCGAUGACACAAGUGUAUUCUUGGCCAUAUGAUGCCGCAGCAGGAUCGGUUGGUACUCGAGCUACCAUCAUUACUGGCAUGGUUAAUGGCGGGUCUCACCUGACACGUACAUUGGCCAUCGCACCUCACAAACCGAACCUUCUAGUUGUCUCCCAUGGAUCCAACGCAAACAUCGAUCAAGCUUCAUCUAGCCCGAAGACCGGCCGUGCUAUCAUCAAAGUCUUCGAUCUAGCCGCAGCUCCAAGUGGAGGUUAUAAUUAUGUGUCUGGUGGUUGGAACGCGGGCUACGGCCAGCGUAACGACGUUGGCAUAACAUUUGACAACAACAAUAUGCUCUGGGGUGUAGAGAACAGCGGUGAUGACUUCAAACGGACGGUCAAUGGCCAGUCCAAGGAUGUCCAUCAAAACAAUCCUGGAGAGAAGAUUCAUUACAUGGGUGACGUUACCAAGCCAAAUGACAAUUGGUAUGGCUAUCCUACAUGCUUCACCGUGUGGCAACCUAGCGACUUCACCGACAAGAAGUUCAAUGUUGGCGAUUGGUUUGUCCAGGCGCCCAACAGUACUUUCAACGACGAUACUUGCAAGGAGCAGGCGGUUGCUCCCAAGCUCACCCUUUUCCCGCACUCUGCGCCAAUUGAUUGCAAGUUCGACGCCGACAACACCAACAUGUACAUCUCAUACCACGGUUCGUGGAACAGAAACCCUACCACGGGAUUCAAGCUCGUCGCCGUUCCCUUUACGAAGGGUGCUGACGGACAGUACAACCCCACAGCGCCGCUUUCGAGCACCACGGGCGCCGUUGACAUCUUUUGGAACCCCAACGUCGAAAAAUGUCAGGGCAACGGCCCAAGCUUUAGCUCGGGAUGCUUCAGGCCUGCAGGUCUGGCUUUUGAUAAGGGCGGUCGCUUGUUCAUGACCAGUGAUACUUCUACGAAUGGUGAGCUUUGGAUCCUUGGAAAGUCAUAAAAAAUGUAUCAGAGCUUAUCGAGGGACUGGU